AUGGCUUCUGUUCUCGAACAAAUCAAGCAAUACACCACCAUCGUUGCCGAUUCUGGCGACUUUGAGACUAUCGCCCAAUACAAGCCUCAGGAUGCUACCACCAACCCCUCUUUGAUUCUUGCAGCUUCCCAAAAGCCCCAAUACGCUGGCUUGAUUAAGGAUGCUAUCGAGUAUGGCAAGAAGAAGGGCAGCAACCCUGAAGAGCAACUCGAAUGGGCUGUGGAUAAGCUUUUGGUCAACUUUGGCAAGGAGAUCCUUAAGAUUGUUCCUGGUCGUGUCUCCACCGAGGUUGAUGCCCGUCUUUCUUUCGACCGUGAUGCCAACGUUGCCAAGGCUAUUCGUUUGAUCAAGUUGUAUGAGGAGGAAGGUAUUAACAAGGAGCGUGUUUUGAUCAAGAUUGCUUCUACCUGGGAAGGUAUCCAGGCUGCUUCUAUCUUGGAAAAGGAGCAUGGCAUUCACUGCAACUUGACUCUCUUGUUUGGUUUCCCUCAAGCUGUUGCUUGUGCCGAAGCUGGUGUCACUCUCAUCUCGCCUUUUGUUGGCCGUAUCUUGGAUUGGUACAAAAAGUCCACUGGUCAGACCUAUGAGAGCCACAACGACCCUGGUGUUCUUUCCGUCUCCAAGAUCUACAACUACUACAAGCAAUACGGCUAUAACACUAUUGUCAUGGGUGCCUCUUUCCGCAACACUGGUGAGAUUGAAGAGUUGGCAGGCUGCGACUUUUUGACUAUCUCUCCUGCUCUCUUGGGUGAAUUGCAAAAGGAUACUAAGCAGAUCUCUGCCAAGCUCUCUGUUGAGAAGGCCAAGGCUCAGGAGAUUCCCAAGGUUGCCUACUUCACAAACGAAAAGGCCUUCCGCUGGGAUAUGAAUGAGGAUGCCAUGGCUACCGAGAAGUUGUCUGAAGGUAUCCGCAACUUUGCUAAGGAUGGUCGCAAGCUUGAAGCCAUGCUCAAGGAGAUGUUGUAA